UCUACAAGUAAUUAUGAUAUCUCUUUCCCACUCUUCACUUGAUAUCCCGCCCGGAUCGCAAAUCUCCCUCCAAUCUCAAAUCACAACCGGCUAUCCAACGCCCAAAUUCAGCAAACGCAAGGGAUCCCGUACAUUGAAACAUUCAUCAUGGCUGAUCAAAUCAACGCCCACACCGACCAGCAGCAGCAGCAGCAGCAGCACGAACCAGGUCUGAUGGCCGGACACGCCGAAUACCUGAAGGGUGUGGCCGAGAGCGGCAUCGGAACCAUCACGGGCUCGCAGGCCUGGUCUUCUUCGGGCGAACAGGACAAAGUCCACGCCACUUCGAACUUGAGAGCCGCCGCCGAGGCACGCGACCCCGCCAAGCAGGGCUACGGCAAGGUUGAGGAGAUUGCCGGCCGGGUUCUUGGAUGCGAGGGGAUGAAGAAGGAGGGCAUUGCUAGUGCGCGGAAGGGGCAGUAAGGGUGGGCCAUAUUUAACAUGUGCCCUGUGCCCUCUGCUGUCGUCGGUUGGCUUGUUGUCCGCCGGCCGGCGAAUGCGUCUGUAGUACUUACCGUACGAUGUUGGGCGAGAAAAAUUACCGUGUACAACACCUGUGGGAUUUGUCUUUAUAUCACGAUACGAAUGAACGGAUGACGAGGGAGGCAAAUUCAGACGAUGGACAGCUGAAUUAUACGGACUAAAAUCAAUUUAUUCCGGCACCUCUCUCUUU